AUGCAGCCUUUCAGAUGGAAGAGAAAGAAACGAUCAUUCGGUUCGAUACUGGGCCGUGAUGUCCUGGUUUCCCUGCUAGCUCUAUGCCCAACUCCGAGUGUUGCUUCAGUUCAGAGCCCCCUUAUAGAUCCUCAGAUUCCACUCCCAGGCUCACAGCCUGUUCAAGGAAGUCAUGAAUUUACGCUACGACAUAUCUUCCAUCACGGAACCUACCGAGACCCUCUCCUCCAUAAACGACUUGAUAUCCAACCCGAUACUGCAUUAUGGGUUGCGUCGGAGGAUGGCCAGGGACGGGAACCUGUUCCUCGUCUGCGUGCUUCCUCAAGAUCUGUGAAUAUCCAACGCCUUGCUGACCGUCGGGUCUCCGUUAUUGAAGACCACCUUAUGACUGCGAGAAUGACACGUUCUCCGGCAACAUUGUCUUCCGACUCCUGGACUUUGGACGAGGUGGAUGCUCCUGACGUUACCGAUAAGGAGACCAUUCUUUCCUUAGCCCGAAUGACCGCCAACGCAUAUAUCAUGUUGCCGGGAACAGAGCAAUGGGCUGAUGUCACCUGGCGCUUCAACCACUCCCAGAGUUUUGGAUGGGAAAGUGAUGGAUUGAGGGGCCACAUUUACGCCGAUAAGUCGAAUUCUACAGUUGUUGUGGCGCUGAAGGGAACGUCUGCAGCACUCUUCGAUGGCGAGGAGACAACAACAAAUGACAAGCUUAAUGACAACCUCUUUUUCAGCUGUUGUUGUGCCCAAGGUGGACAUUAUUUUUGGCGCCAGGUCUGUGACUGCUAUUCAUCAACAUACACCUGUAAUGCAACUUGCGUACGAAACGCACUGGUUGCAGAAAACCGCUAUUAUCGGGCAGCACUCGAUCUUUACGCCAACGUGACUGCAAUCUAUCCUAACUCUGGCGUCUGGGUUGCGGGCCAUUCUCUAGGUGGUUCAGUUUCCAGUCUGCUUGGUAUGACAUAUGGGCUGCCAGUGGUCACCUUCGAAGCUGUUCCGGAGGCUCUACCAGCUUCACGUCUUGGAUUGCCUGUUCCGCCAGGAACUAAUCCUCAUUCAUCUCAGUCGCGGAAUUUCACUGGCUCUUACCAUUUUGGACAUACUGCUGAUCCCAUUUUUAUGGGGACAUGUAACGGGGCAACAUCAGUGUGUACACUCGGGGGCUAUGCCUUAGAGUCAUCUUGUCAUACUGGCCAGCUGUGUACUUACGACACCGUGGAGGAUUUAGGCUGGAGGGUUGGAAUUGGAACUCAUCGAAUACGUGCUGUCAUUGCGGAUGUUCUUGAGAAGUAUGAUACUGUGCCUGAAUGCGCCCCGUUCCCGGAAUGUGUGGACUGUAACAACUGGAAAUUUUUCGAAAGCAAUGGGACAGAAUCUACAACAAGUUCAGCACCAACUACCACGGUAACUAAAACAAGCACUUCGACUUGCCAGACGCCUGGAUGGUGGGGAUGUUUGGAUCCGACAACUACUGCAACAGCAACAGCGACGAUAACAAAGACAUCGUCGGCAGGUACCACCUCGACAUCGACAUCCACCUGUAAAACGCCUGGGUGGUUUGGCUGUAAGGAUCUCACUACGACUAAUGUCAUUACACCAUCACCUGCCCCUACUAUCACGCCGACAGCCUCUCCAACAACGACUGCUUCACACACUUCAUCCUGCCAAUCACCAGGGUGGUUCGGAUGUAAAGAUCCAACGAGCACGUCAUCCCUUUCCACAUCAAGGCCUUCCCCAACGGCUACGAGUUCCUGCGAGACUCCGGGCUGGUUUUGGGGCUGCCAUGAUCCAACGACGACGAUGGCUACAACCCACCAGAUCACAUCACCACCGACAAGACCAAGCGUGACUUCUAUACCACCUUCUUAUACCUGUGCGUCUUCCAGGUUCUUUGGAUUGAUCUGUCUCGAUCCUACCCUACCUGAUUAA